UUGAAUACCUGAAUACAUUGUAUAUGGCAGAGAUGCACGCGUACCCGAUUUGGGGUUAUAUGUCGUUAUACAAACUCUAUAAAUGAAAAUAGCUUUCUAACGAUCGUAAGAGUUAUUAGAAGAAGUUUAAAGUAUCAUUAUUAGUGGUAUCCAGCAAACAAUGCCAAAAUAUUAUUGUGAUUAUUGUGAUACCUACUUAACACACGAUUCGCCAAGUGUACGAAAGACGCACUGUCAGGGUCGUAAACAUAAAGAUAAUGUCAAGUAUUUCUAUCAAAAAUGGAUGGAAGAACAAGCACAACAUUUGAUUGAUGCAACGACUGCAGCCUUCAAAGCUGGAAAAAUUGCAUCUAAUCCAUUUGCAGCGAAUAAAGGAGCAGCAAUACCACCACCUUCAAGUCUUGGACCUAGACCUGGGGUACCGCCUCAGGGACCACCAGGCAUGAUGCCACCUCCUGGGAUGCAUCCUGGUGGACCAAUGGGUCCAGGAGGUCCAAUGAUGAUGGGACCACAUGGACCUAUACCUCCAAUGAUGGGCAUGAGACCACCUAUGAUGGGUCCUAUGGGACCAAUGGGACCAAUGAUGGGUCCUAUGGGACCUAUGGGUCCAAUGAGACCACCUAUGAAUGGACCACCACCACCUAUGGGAGGACCGCCACCGAUGAAGAAAUAAUGAAAAUAUAUAUUAUUUUAAAUCAUAUUAACUUUAAUUUAAGUCACUUCUCAAUCACACAUGUGUUUAAUAUAGUAAAAGUAUGUACAUACGGUUGUAAAAGAUGAAGCAUACAUUUUGUGAAUGUUAGGAUACAUAGUAAAGUUAAAAUCUUUUAAGGACUGAAUAAAUGGAAACAUAUUUAACUAUAAUUUGUA